AAAGCCACACUCCUUGACCGCCCGAUCCACAGUGAAAAGAAGCGAACUCGUCCUCCCCUGCUACGGACAUGGACUCCGCAUCAUCGUCGGCGUCGGCAACGCCACCGGCCACCGGAGAUGAUUGUUUUCCAUUGAAAAAGAGGAUGCGCAUGCAAGAUGUCAAGCAGACUGACCAGUCAACAGUUGAAGCCACACUCAUUGACCGCCCAGUGAAAAGACGCAAACGCGUUCCUCACUCUCUCUCAAAAGAAAAUAAAGUAGAACCUGCUAUGGACAUGGACUCCACAUCGCCACCGGCGUCAGCGCAGCCACUGUCCAGCGGAGAUGAUUGUCUCCUGCCUAACAAAAGGAUGCGUUUGCAGUAUGAGCAGCCUGUCCAGAACUGUGAUUGGAUCAGUACAUUGCCAGAUGACAUUUUAAUCAAAAUUCUUUCCCUACUGACAAUAAGCGAUGCUGCAAUGACUGGCUGUGUUUCCACCAGAUGGAGACACCUCUGGAAGAACGUCGACAGUCUCAUCCUUGAUGCCCAUAAUCUCAGGAUGCAAGAGCCAGAGCUCUCAAAUUACCUUGAAGAUCUGCAUUUGUGGAAAGCUGAAGCUACAAAGUUUGUUCAGAUAUAAAUGGGCUUUUGCACAAUCAUAAUGGCGAUAGAAUCAAGGAAUUUACUGUCAGAUUCCCAUUGACCUCAGCCAAUGUUUCUGAGGUGGGCCACUGGAUUCGGUUUGCAGCUUCAGCCUGUACGGAAAAGCUCUGCCUUGACCUUGAUGACAAGGAUCGCUCGAUUUGUCUGAGAGGCUGGAAGUUCGCUUCAGAGCCGUAUGACUUCCUUUUGUCGCCAUUUUCUAAUGGGAGAGGCUGUCGGUUGAGCGAGUUGACUCUGUCCAAUUGCGGUUUAGGAACAACGCCUGAAAAUCUUAGUUGCUUUCCAUGCCUUCACUCCCUUACACUCGGACGUGUUUCAGUAACUGAUACAUAUGUUUCAAAUAUUAUGUCAUGAAUUGGUUCAUUUGACGAUUACUCAUUCACAAUUGUUGACGUUGGCUGUUGUUUACUGU